UUCUUGCAUAUUGUUUAAUUCCCCAAGAGGAAGCUGGGGAAGGAAGAGCUUGUGAAUUCAGCUGCAUGCGGUUGAGUUUCAGAGAAUGGCGCCAAAAGAAAGAAGCGUGUGGUGGGUUUGGAUCUCGGUGCUGUGUGCUGGAACCGUUGCAAGAGCAGCAGAACAAGGACAAUCGUCCAAAGACACGGGGCAAAGUGGGCAUCUCGGAGGAACAGCGAGCUACUUCACCUGGACAGCAGAGAGAACAGACAGAAAUGCAACCUGGAUCGCGACAAACACAGCCACCUCCGCAGAAGGAGGACCCACAACGCCCAACACAACAGUUCUCAUCCCAGUAAAGGACACCACUGGGCGCAAAAUCACAGGGCAGCUGUCAAAGCCAGAGAUUGCAAUCCACUCCGUGAAGGGGAUCUGCAAUGUCACCUUGACCUGCACCAUGCGGGAAGGAGGCGGGGACAUCACGUACGUCUGGCACCAGCCCGGGAAGAGCCAUGUUCUGUCCACGGAGCCCAUUCUCCGCAUCACCCAGAAGCCGGCUGAUGGCUUCCUGAACUACACCUGUACCAUCCACAACACGGAGAGCAAGAGUUCCAGCAUGGUGUCCCUGAGCAAGCACUGCGAUGGAGCCUCAGCUUCCAGCUUGAUCAAGUACUGGGUCCCGCUGGUGUUCAUGGUCAUUGCGUUGAUCACCCUGUAUUUCACGUACAGGAAGACCACAGAGAGAGAAAGCCGCAGCAGAGCCGGGUCCAGUUCUCAAUCCUCGGACUCUGAUUCACAAGACAAUCAAGCGGUUCACAGUGCAGCCCAAGUUAACCCCCAUCCGGAGGCGUGGAAUCGGACUGGUGAGGAGACUCUAGCUACCAAGAAAAAUGAAGAAGCUCUCGCUGACCCAGAUCCUUCCCCCCAGCCAGCACAAAGCAGGGAUAACCCAGGUGCGAGAGGAGAAUGAGGCCUUCUCAGGCCUGAUCUAUCUGGGCUCCAAGCGCAGAGGAGUUUGCAGGUCACCAGGGAGGCUCGGAGCGGUGCCCAGAGAUGAGUCGUCCUGAUGCAAACUCCACAGCUGACCCCAGCCAGUCGGGCUCCUGGAGAGUCGGAUGUGGGUUUAUUCCAGAACCUCUGGCCCGGGCAAGACGGCUGGUUUUCUGCUUCUCUUGCCAUCUCCUAUCCUGUGCCCAGCACCCACGAGUUGCGGGCGGCUGCAUGCUGAAAGGGAAGUGCCUGUGGAAGCCUUUGAACUCUUCCCUGGCUUCCUUCCAGCUCAUUUUCAUGUGGAUUUUGCUUCUCUUUGAUUGAACAGAACACAGCACAGCCUCGCCCAGCUAACCCGGGAUGCCAGACCCAGCAGAGCCUCCUAGCCCCCCAGCGUGACGCCAACACAUGGAGAAACCACAGGGGAGUUGCUCACUUUUGGAGAAAGCUCUGUACGCCAAUACCACCCCACCCCAAAUCUUCCCCUUGUCCCCUGAUGAAGAAGAGAGGUGACAGUCAAUCUCACCCAUUACAUGGCACUUUUCUCCUGUAGAUCUCACAGUGCUUUGCAAUUGGGGGUGCAUAGCAACAGCCCCAUUUUAGAAGGGGAAACUGAGGCACAGAAAGGCGAAGUGACCCUGCCUAUCAAGCCAGUAACAGAGCGAGGAAACAGAACCCAGGAAUCCUAAUACCCUGCCUGGCACUGGACUAUGUUGCCUAGCUUUGGAUUGUGGUGCUGCUCCCUUGUGGAUGGCAAACUUUGGCCCUGAUUCUCCAUAAUGUGAAGCACGUGUCCAAAUCCUAGCAAGACUGGGGACUGUUUUUGGUUCCGGGAGUAUCAAACUGUAGAGCAAUCUAAUGGGGGUGGGCUCACUUGUGUGCGUGUGUGUGUAAUACACAGGAUUUCAUCCAAUAAAGUCAUAUUUAAUGUUUGAAA